AUGGCAUCCCUCGCAGCCCAAGGCGAGAACACAAAGAGCAUCUCCGCUUACGGAGAAGCUCGCUCGACCGUCCAAGGGAGGGCUCUGGACGCCGAAGAGGUCCGCAAGAUGAACAACUAUUUCCGCGCGAGUCUGUAUCUCUGCCUGGGUAUGCUGUAUCUCCGUGAUAAUCCCCUCUUGAGGGAGCCACUCGCUCGUGCCCAUUUAAAACAGAGAUUGCUGGGCCAUUGGGGAAGUGAUGCCGGGCAGUCAUUUACCUGGAUACAUAUGAACCGGCUGAUUAAAAAGUACGACCUGGACGUUCUCUUCAUCUCAGGCCCCGGCCAUGGCGCUCCGGGCAUUCUCUCGCAGUCAUACCUGGAAGGCGCCUACUCUGAGGUUUAUCCCGACAAGAGCGAAGACACAGAGGGAAUGCAGAAGUUCUUCAAGCAGUUUAGCUUUCCGGGAGGCAUUGGGUCCCAUGCGACCCCUGAGACUCCUGGAAGCAUCCACGAGGGUGGUGAGCUUGGAUACUCUAUCUCUCACGCCUUCGGAACUGUAUUUGACCACCCAAAUCUCAUCACGCUGACAAUUGUCGGCGAUGGAGAAGCUGAGACCGGCCCACUUGCGACAAGCUGGCACAGCACCAAGUUCCUGAACCCAGUCACCGACGGCGCUGUUCUGCCUGUCCUCCAUCUCAACGGAUACAAGAUCAACAAUCCGACGAUUCUGGCCCGCGUAAGCCACGAAGAACUGACUUCGCUGUUUAAUGGCUACGGCUGGAAGCCAUACUUUGUUGAAGGAAGCGAUCUGCAGAGCAUGCACCAGGCCAUGGCAGUCACCCUGGAGGAGUGCGUCAAGGAGAUCAGGGCGGUCCAGCAGCAAGCGCGCUCAUCAAAUAAGCCCUUCCGUCCACGCUGGCCGAUGAUCGUUCUUCGGACCCCGAAGGGGUGGACCGCGCCUAGAGAGAUCGAUGGGAAGCUGCUCGAAGGCUUUUGGCGAGCCCACCAGAUUCCCAUCACCGACGUCCUCACCAACCCAGAUCACCUCAAGAUUUUAGAGUCCUGGAUGAAAGGAUACAAACCAGAGGAGCUCUUCGACGCAAAUGGCACGUUGAUUCCAGAGCUGAAAGAGCUUGCACCCACCGGCGACGCGCGCAUGUCCGCCAAUCCAGUCGGCAAUGGCGGUGUCUUGCGGAAGCCUUUGAAUCUGAAUGAUUUCCAGAAGUAUGCGCUUCGGGACAUCGUCCCCGGCAAGACAGUCAAGGGGGGGAUGGCCAACAUGGCGAAAUUCCUUCGCGAAGUUGUCAGCGAGAACAUGACAAAUUUUCGCCUCUUCGGCCCCGAUGAGACUGAGUCCAACAAGCUUGCGGAGGUCUACAAAGCAGGCAAGAAGGUCUGGAUGGCGGACUACUUUGAAGAGGACAACAAUGGCGGCAAUCUGUCUCCUCAGGGUCGUGUGAUGGAGAUACUUAGUGAGCACACCUGCGAAGGCUGGCUUGAGGGAUACAUCCUUUCCGGACGCCACGGUCUUAUCAACAGCUACGAGCCUUUUGUUCACGUCAUUGACUCCAUGGUCAAUCAGCACUGCAAGUGGAUUGAGAAGUGUCUCGAGGUGGAAUGGAGAGCCAAGGUCUCUUCGCUCAACAUUCUCAUUACUGCCACAUUCGCAUUUAUCUCUCCUCCGGACGGCAACACCCUCCUCUCUGUCAUGGACCACUGCCUGCGCAGUGUCAAUUACGUCAACGUUGUGGUGGCCGACAAGCAAGAGCACAUCCAGUUCUUGUCUAUGGAAGAUGCGAUUGAGCAUGCCACCAAGGGCCUGGGAAUCUGGGAUUGGGCCAGUAAUGAUCAGAACGAGGAGCCAGAUAUUGUCAUGGCGUCGUGCGGUGACGUCUCAACACACGAAGCCUUGGCUGCCACCGCUCUGUUGCGCGAGUAUCUUCCCACGCUCAAGGUCCGCUUCGUGAACGUCGUGGACCUCUUCCGUUUGAUAUCCGAAAUCCAUCAUCCCCACGGCAUGCCGGAUCCACAUUGGAAGGCAAUCUUCACCGACAAUAAACCCAUCCUCUUCAACUUCCAUUCGUACCCCUGGUUGAUCCACCGAUUGACCUACAAGCGGCCGGGGCAGCACAACCUGCACGUACGCGGCUACAAAGAGAAGGGCAACAUUGACACUCCGUUCGAGCUGGCUUUGCGCAAUGGAACCGACCGAUACAGUCUGGCCAUCGACGCGAUUGACUUGAUCGAAUCCUUGGGCAAUACUGGAUCCAGUGUCCGGGAGAAGUUCAUCAAAUUCCAGCUGCAAGGAAAGAAAGCCGCUUAUAACGAUGGUGUUGAUCCUGAGUACAUUCGCAACUGGAACUGGCCUUACCCGAAGAACGCUUAA